AUGAGAAAUUUCAACUACCAGACGCCCAAAAUCGUCGCCUUGUGGAUUUUGUCUCCACUUGGGGGUCAGGCGUCUCUCCGAAUCAUGGAACUUGCUCCCUUGAACGAGUCAGAAGAUUGGCCUUUUCAAUACCUUGACUUCACGAGUGCUAUGGGCAACCGCUCUUCCUGGAGCGCCUCAAUUCGGAUUCCGAUUCACGCAGCCUUCGCUGCUCAGUCGUCCAGCACCAGGAGUAUAAAGGAAGCACCUCAUGAUGAGUUCGGCAACGUUAAGAUCCCUCUUGUGGAGCCGUAUCUUAGUGGACCAGAACAACCGGACGAGGAGGGGUGGUACAAAGUCGACCAAAUUCAAGAAACUAUUUAUGCCUCGAUAGCAGGGCUCCCAUUUGCAUCUAAAGACGGUUUUAGGCGCGAUUUCAACUACUCUUCCACUAUAGAGACAUCAUACAUGUACAGUAACUGUAUAGCCGACCAUCAUGAAGACAGCAACAUCGUGACAGGCGACACGGUACAAAUGUCCAGCAUGUAUCACAAUGGGGUGAGCUUUGACCCAGGGUCCCCGUAUACUCCUCCAAACAACGCCUACGAAAAGGGGUUCGGCAUCAGCAACAUUACAGACCUCAUUUGUUCACAGCGGCUCACACAACUCCUGAACACAUUCUGGAUCGCCAGCUUUGCUAAUCGCAACGCUACAGGGACCUACGGAUUCGGCGCAAUCGACCCCAAUAACAACUUUAAACUCACCAGUAGCGAGAGUAACGGUACGAGGGUCAAGGAUAUCAAGGUCAUCCAUGCGAACAAGCUGUGGAUGGCGGCGCUGAUCGUGGCGUCUACAAUCAUGCUGCUGGCGGGCCUCGUUACUUCUGCGCUAGACAUCGGAAAGGUUGCCCUCGGUACCGUUGGGAAUUUGGUCCCCUUGAGUUGGCAAGAGGUUGAUAGGCUUUAUGGCUGA